ACUGAAAUCAAAGAGUCCCCAAAUCUGAUCUCAUCUAGUUAUCUCUGUCAACAGCAAUGAGUUCCACAACACAAUCAGAUGGAGUUUCGGGACGUGACCGGCUCCUGGCUCAGCAAAGAAUGCACAGCAGGAUCAGCUCAGUGGAUGUGAAGUCAGAAGUACCGGUGGGAUUAGAACCGAUCACACCAUUAGACUUGCGAACCGAUCUCAGGAUGAUGGUUCCCAUGGUGGACCCCAUUCUGCGGGAGAAGCAGCUGCAGCAGGAACUGCUACUUAUCCAGCAGCAGCAGCAAAUUCAGAAACAGCUCCUGAUUGCAGAAUUUCAGAAACAGCACGAGAACCUGACUCGACAGCACCAAGCUCAGAUCCAGGAACACAUCAAGUUACAACAGGAACUCUUGGCCAUUAAGCAACAACAAGAACUUCUUGAGAAAGAGCAGAAGCUGGAGCAACAGAGGCAAGAACAGGAGCUGGAGAGGCAUCGCAGGGAGCAGCUUCCUCCUAUCAGAAGCAAAGAAAGAAGUCGAGAAAGAGCAGUGGCCAGUACAGAAGUGAAGCAGAAACUUCAGGAGUUCCUACUGAGCAAAUCAGCAACAAAAGACUCUCCAGCCAAUGGGAAGAACCAUUCCGUUAGCCGGCACCCUAAACUUUGGUACACGGCUGCCCAUCAUACCUCAUUGGAUCAAAGUUCUCCACCUCUUAGUGGGACAUCUCCUUCCUACAAAUACACAUUGCCGGGAGCACAAGAUGCCAAGGAUGAUUUCCCGCUUCGCAAAACAGCCUCAGAACCCAACUUGAAAGUUCGCUCCCGGUUAAAACAAAAAGUAACAGAAAGGAGAAGCAGCCCUUUACUCAGAAGAAAAGAUGGAACAGUUAUUGGCACAUUCAAGAAGAGGCUGUUUGAAGUUACAGAAUCAUCAGUCAGUAGCGGUUCCCCAGGAUCAGGUCCUGGUUCACCAAGUCAUGGUCCCACUGGAAAUACAGAAAAUGAAACCCCAGUGUUGCCAUCUAAUCCCCAAGCUGAGCAUUUGGUUCCACAACAACACAUUCUUAUGAACGAAGAAUCAAUGAACCUUUUGAGUCUCUAUACAUCCCCCUCUUUGCCCAACAUUACUUUGGGACUUCCAGCAGUUCAGCCUCAACUCAGCGCUUCAUCAUCAUCGUUCAAAGAGAAACAGAAGUGUGAAACUCCAACAAUAAGACCAGGAGUGGUUUUGCCUGGACAGUACAGGGGAAGCAUCUCAUCACCUCCAGCCCCUCAGCCUAUCGUUUUAGAGGGAAAGUCAAACAGCAGCCACCAGGCUCUUCUCCAGCAUCUGUUACUGAAAGAGCAAAUGAGGCAGCAAAAACUCCUUGCUACAGGUGGAGUGCCUCUUCAUCCACAGUCACCUUUAGCAACAAAAGAAAGAGUCUCACCGGGCCUCAGAGUUGCACACAAGUUGCCUCGGCACAGGCCACUGAAUCGAACCCAGUCAGCUCCACUGCCUCAGAGCACUUUGGCUCAGCUUGUAAUUCAGCAGCAGCACCAGCAGUUUCUGGAGAAGCAGAAACAGUACCAGCAACAGAUCCACAUGAACAAAAUGCUUUCUAAAUCUAUUGAACAGUUAAAGCAACCUGGCAGCCUGGAAGAAACGGAAGAAGAACUACAUGGAGAACAUCCUAUGCAGGAAGAAAGAGUGCCCUCUGUUGGGAGCAGCAUUAGAGAUGACAGCAGUAGUAUUUCUUUGGACGACAGACCGGAACAGCCUUUGGUGGCUGUGAAGGUGAAAGAGGAACCACGGGACAGUGAUGAUGAUAUUCAAACUCAGCAAAUGGAAUCUGGGGAGAAGGCUGCUUUUAUGCAACAGCGAAUCCUGGAGGGUUGCCGUAUCCAGCAAUUGCAAAUAUACCGGGCUCAGAUGGCUGCAGUUGGCAUGGCACGAUUGGAUAGACGUCAGCCUGUUGCCAGGACACAGUCUUCUCCAGCAGCUCCAACAUUACCUCAUCCAUCCAUGGAUCAGCCCCUACAACAUAGCCUCAUGACUGGUGUUGUAUAUGACACACUAAUGUUGAAACACCAGUGCAUGUGUGGCAAUUACACCAACCACCCUGAGCAUGCUGGAAGAAUUCAAAGCAUCUGGUCAAGGCUGCAAGAAAGUGGGUUGCUAAACAAGUGUGAGCGGAUCCGAGGUCGAAAAGCCAGUCUGGAGGAAAUACAGCUGGUUCACUCUGAACAUCAUUCACUGCUGUAUGGCACCAGCCCCCUGAACAGACAGAAGCUGGACCCCAGGAAAAUCCUAGGAAGUGUGCCUCAAAAGCUCUUUUCGUUGCUGCCCUGUGGAGGACUCGGGGUGGACAGUGACACCAUUUGGAAUGAGCUGCAUUCGUCCGGUGCUGCACGCAUGGCUGUUGGCUGUGUCAUCGAAUUGGCUUCCAAAGUGGCCUCAGGAGAACUGAAGAAUGGUUUUGCUGUUGUAAGGCCCCCAGGCCAUCAUGCUGAAGAAUCAACAGCCAUGGGGUUCUGCUUUUUUAAUUCGGUUGCAAUUACUGCCAAAUACUUGAGAGACAAGCUAAAUAUAGGCAAGAUAUUGAUUGUAGAUCUGGAUGUUCACCAUGGCAACGGUACACAGCAGGCUUUUUAUGCUGACCCCAGCAUCCUGUAUGUCUCCCUACAUCGCUAUGAUGAAGGCAACUUCUUCCCUGGCAGCGGAGCCCCAAAUGAGGUUGGAAGUGGCCCUGGUGAAGGUUAUAAUAUAAAUAUUGCUUGGACAGGUGGCCUGGAUCCCCCAGUGGGAGAUGUCGAGUACCUUACUGCAUACAGGACUGUGAUUAUGCCUAUUGCUUCCGAGUUCGAGCCAGACUUUGUCUUAGUAUCAGCCGGCUUUGAUGCUGUGGAAGGCCACGACCCUCCUCUAGGGGGAUACAAAGUGACAGCAAAAUGUUUUGGUCAUCUCAUCAAACAGUUGUUGACGCUAGCAAAUGGUCGCAUGGUGCUAGCCCUGGAGGGAGGACAUGAUCUAACCGCUAUCUGUGAUGCAUCAGAAGCCUGUUUAAAUGCUCUGCUAGGAAAUGAGCUGGAACCCCUCUCCGAAGAGAUUCUCCGCCAAACUCCUAAUGUGAAUGCGAUGAUUUCUUUGCAGAACACCACUGAAAUCCAGAGUAAGUACUGGAAGUCUGUGGAGCCAUAUGUUGUGCCAGUUAGCUGUAAACUGGCUGAGUCUCAGAAACAAGAGAGAGAGGAGACAGAGGCAGUAUCGGCUAUGGCCUUACUUUCUGUGGAUGUUGAACAGUCUUCUGCAGAAGAACAUGGCAGUGCUGCUGGCGAGCCCAUGGAAGAAGAGCCAGCCUUGUGAAGUGCCAAGUCCUCCC